UAGGAGUGGCCUAAAUGUUUCGACAUCACCUCACCCGGCGUGAACGACAGCGGCCAAGCUAGAUGGUACUUCGACUCGGCAGCUAACGUUGGGGAUUGGAUUUUCCAGGCAGAGAUAUCCAUUUAUGUCAUUGUGGAGCCCGGCUGUACCAACAUGGCUCUUUACGAAUAUGUCACUCAGGAGCAGCUCGCGGGCUUCGACAAAUACAAGUACAGCGCAGUGGACUCGAAUCCCCUGUCUGUCUAUGUCAUGCACCCUUUCUGGAACUUUGUGGUGAAGUUUCUACCAACAUGGUUGGCGCCAAACCUCAUUACAUUUACAGGCUUUAUGUUCCUUGUGUUGAAUUUCCUCAUGUUGGCCUUCUACGACUCUGACUUUACUGCCUCUGCUGCAGGACAUGAACACGUGCCUAGCUGGGUCUGGGUUGCUGCAGGGAUCUUCAACUUCUUGGCCUAUACACUGGAUGGUGUUGAUGGUAAACAGGCUCGUCGCACCAAUUCAUCCACACCACUAGGGGAGCUGUUUGACCAUGGCCUGGACAGUUGGGCCUGCAUCUUCUUUGUGGCCACUGUCUACUCCAUAUUUGGUCGAGGGGAAAGUGGCGUGGGCGUGGCCACACUGUAUUACAUCCUGUGGGUGGUGCUGUUCUCGUUCAUUCUGUCUCAUUGGGAGAAAUAUAACACUGGCAUCUUGUUUCUGCCCUGGGGAUACGAUAUCAGCCAAGUGACCAUAUCCCUCGUUUACUUGGUCACUGCUGUGGUCGGCGUGGAAACGUGGUACAAGCCGGUCUUUUGGCACUUCCUCUACAGAGACCUUUUCACCUUUAUGAUCAUCGCCUGUUCCUUCACUGUGACCUUACCCAUGAGCCUCUACAAUGUCCUGAAAGCUUACCGCAGUAACACUCUGAAGCACAGCAGCCUGUACGAAGCAUUCCUUCCCUUCCUUUCUCCUGUCCUCCUCUUUGUCUUGUCCACAACUUGGGUGGUCUACUCUCCAUCCGAGAUCCUCGAGCUGCAGCCCAGGGUCUUCUACCUCAUGGUGGGGACAGCCUUCGCUAAUGUCACGUGUAAGCUGAUUGUGUGUCAGAUGAGUAACACACGUUGCCAGGCACUGAGCUGGCUGUUGCUGCCCAUGGCGCCGGUGGUUUUGUUAGCGGUGACCGGGGUGGUCGGCAACGAGACCGUGCUCCUGUAUCUGUGGACAGCUGCUGUCAUACUAGCGCACAUACACUACGGUGUAUCAGUGGUACAACAGCUCAGCAGCCACUUCAACAUCCUCGCCUUCUCCCUGAAAAAGCCCAACAGUGACUGA